CUACUACUGCACGUACAGAUUCAGGUGAAGUGGCAGUGGAAGUCCAACCAGCAUGGGUGACGGCAGCGCAAGCGGCAACAGAGACCAUAACAACAAUCACAACCACCACAACAACCACAGCCAUGGCCACGGCCACAACCACGGCGGUGGUUAUAGUAACAAGCCGGAGUGGCUGCAACAGUACGAUCUGAUAGGGAAGAUCGGGGAGGGCACGUACGGCCUGGUGUUCCUCGUGAGGAUCAAGUCUCCUUCCAACCGCGGAAAGUCCAUCGCCAUCAAGAAAUUCAAGCAGUCCAAGGACGGCGAUGGCGUCUCCCCCACCGCCAUCCGCGAAAUCAUGUUGCUGCGGGAAAUAUCGCACGAGAAUGUGGUGAAGCUUGUGAAUGUUCACAUCAAUCACACAGACAUGUCCCUCUAUCUGGCUUUCGAUUACGCAGAACAUGACCUUUAUGAAAUCAUUAGACAUCACAGAGACAAAGUUAAUCAAGCUAUCAGUCAUUACACUAUUAAGACAUUGCUCUGGCAGCUGCUCAAUGGACUCAAUUAUCUCCAUAGUAAUUGGAUCAUUCAUCGUGAUUUAAAGCCAUCUAAUAUCUUGGUUAUGGGCGAUGCAGAGGAACAAGGAGUUGUGAAAAUUGCGGAUUUUGGACUUGCAAGGAUAUAUCAAGCUCCUUUGAAGUCGUUGUCUGACAAUGGGGUUGUGGUAACCAUUUGGUACCGUGCGCCGGAGUUGCUCCUUGGGGCUAAGCACUACACAAGUGCUGUUGAUAUGUGGGCUGUUGGAUGCAUCUUUGCCGAGCUUUUGACUUUGAAGCCAUUAUUUCAAGGUGCAGAAGUCAAAGCUAUACCAAAUCCUUUUCAGCUUGAUCAACUUGACAAGAUAUUCAAGGUCUUAGGUCACCCGACACUAGAAAAGUGGCCAGCACUUGCAAACCUUCCACACUGGCAACAAGAUGUGCAACAUAUUCAAAGCCAUAAAUAUGAUAAUACUGCAUUGCAUAGUGUAGUUCACCUCUCUCCAAAAAGUCCUGCAUAUGACCUCCUAUCUAGGAUGCUCGAAUAUGAUCCUCGAAAGCGUAUAACAGCUGCACAAGCAUUAGAGCAUGAGUAUUUUCGUAUUGAGCCUCUACCAGGUCGCAAUGCUUUGGUGCCUACCCAAGGAGAGAAAGUAGUGAAUUAUCCUACUCGUCCGGUAGACACAACCACAGAUUUUGAAGGGACAACUAGCAUUCAACCUUCACAACCGGUAUCGUCUGGAAAUGCAGUAUCUGGAAACAUGUCAGGUGCUCAUGUGGGGAGAUCCGUACCCAGGCCUAUGGUUAACAUGCAACGAAUGCAGCCUCAGGGCAUGGCUGCUUAUAAUCUUGCAUCUCAAGCAGGGAUCGGUGGUGCAAUGAAUCCUGGUGGCAUGCCAAUGCAGCGUGGUGUAGCACAGGCCCAUCACCAACAACAGUUGAGAAGGAAAGAUAAUGGAAUGGGGAUGCCGGGAUACCCUCCACAGCAGAAAUCCAGACGUUUCUGAGGAAUACUGCACGUAUUGUACUUUAAUUGCCAUGGAUGAUCUGAAAUUCAUGAAGGUCUAAAUAUUGAGGACACAAAAUUUCUUGUUAUUCUGUCAGAGGUAGAAUGCUGUAGAGGAAAUUCGGUUAUUCUUAAAAUGCUGGUCGGUGCAGUGGGACGAAGAUUUCAGUUACCGCAGUCUUAACUGGUGCUCCUGUAGGUCACAACGUGCACACUUGCAAAUUGUGACUCGAUUUCUGUAAAAAUUAGCUGUUAAGCCAGAAAAACAGUAAUUUGACAAGUUGUAUGAAGGCCGCAUCGAUGAGCUUUAAGUACUUGAUCAUCCAUUCCUCACUAACAGAGAAAACAGGGGAAGGAAGGAUGGUAGGGGAUUAGAAAGAAACGCAUUUGUUUGGAUGAGAUCCCCACCAACUUUUAACUGGGACUCUCACACUCCGUUACGUAUGUAUGUGUAUAAUAUUUCUUGUAAUUUAUGUUUCAAUUAGUCAA